GGCCCUUGCGGUUCCGGGCGGAAUGACUCGGCGGUGCACGCUGAUAUGGCUGCGCUGGUAGUGAGGGGUGUGCCGGGCGUGCUGAAGCGUGCGCACUUCGCGACCAUCCCGCGGAGACAUCGACAUAAGAAGAAAUGGGCUGCCACAGAGCCCAAAUUUCCUGCCACUCAACUGGCUCUGCAGAAUUUUGACAUGACCUACAGUGUGCAAUUUGGUGAUCUUUGGCCAUCCAUCCGGGUCAGUCUCCUUUCAGAGCAGAAGUAUGGUGCACUGGUCAAUAACUUUGCUGCCUGGGAUCAUGUGAGUGGAAAGCUGGAGAAGCUGAGUGCCAGGGACUUUGUGAAUGACUCCAUCUCCCAUGGGGAACUGGAGCCUGAGAGUGGCCAAACUGCAACUCCAUCCCUAGCCUCUGGGACCUGCAGCCCGAACCUUCGAUGCUUCACUUUCACCAGAGGGGAUGUCAGCCGGUUUCCCCCUGCCAGACUUGGCAGCCUGGGUGUCAUGGACUACUACCUGAUGGAUGCUGCUUCCUUGCUGCCUGUCUUGGCCCUUGGCCUGCAGUCUGGUGACACUGUGCUUGACUUAUGUGCGGCCCCUGGGGGAAAGACACUAGCACUGCUUCAGACUGGCUGUUGCCGCAAUCUCGCUGCCAAUGAUCUGUCCACUUCUCGAACAGUCAGACUACAGAAGGUUCUUCACAGCUAUGUGCCUCAAGAUAUCAGGGAUAGGAAUCGAGUUCGAGUCACCUCAUGGGAUGGCAGGAAGUGGGGAGAACUGGAGGGGGACACCUAUGACCGGGUGCUGGUGGAUGUGCCCUGUACCACAGACCGCCACUCCCUUCAUGAGGAGGAGAACAACAUCUUUCAGCGGUCGAGGAAGAAGGAGCGGCAGAUGUUGCCUAUGCUUCAGAUGCAGCUGCUCGCGGCUGGACUCCUUGCCACCAAACCAGGAGGCCAUGUUGUCUAUUCCACCUGCUCACUCUCACAUUUACAGAACGAGUAUGUGGUGCAAGGCACCAUCGAGUUCCUGGCCAAUCAAUACAGCAUCAAGGUUCAGGUGGAAGACCUGAGUCACUUCCGAAAGCUUUUCAUGGACACAUUUUCUUUCUUCCCAUCCUGCCAGGUUGGGGAACUGGUAAUCCCAAACCUCUUGGCCAAUUUUGGGCCUAUGUACUUUUGCAAAAUGUGUAGGCUGACAUAGCAUCACCCGGUUCCCGAAGUCCUGGGGUAGGAAGGUAAAGGGUAUACUUCCAUAGAGGCACCAGAAACCAAGACCAGUGGCAAAGAUGCACUCUGGGUCCUAUCUCCAUCAUGUUCAAGUCUUUGUGUAGACAAUUCUCAGCAUUAGAAAGUAGGAGUUUUUCUGUCAUGCUGUCCAAUUAUGGAGCAUCAGCAGGUUUCUCACUCACUUAUUGUACCCCCUUCCCCCAUUUCUAAGCCUGUGCUAAAGGUUCCUGCCCGAUUAGGGGCUUAGGAGGAAGAGGAGCCAGUGAGCAGGCCCACACUUUAAGCUGUAAACUUGGGGAGAAGCAUUUAGCCAAUAAAAUUAUUGAAGUUCCAUAGAGCUGGGGCUGUAGUUGGGGCCUCAUGUCAGUCCAAGUACUGUUAGUUCCAUUUGUAUCAGCUGCUGCUACUGAGCACUAGCUCCUAGGGGUCCAAAGCCCAGGAACUCAGCCUGGUUACAGACCUCUGGUUACAGAGCACCUCUCCCAUUUGAAGUGAGUUCUGUGUGAUCAGUCUUCAGCAGCCAAUGGGCCCAAACAAGCCUCCCUAAUUUCUUCAGAUGUCCCAUGAUCUAAUUUAAGGAACAAGCAACUAAAAACGUUAAGACAAUGCAUGAUAAUCUGCUUACUUAUACCGAGAAAGCUCUCCCGAGCUGCACAAUGGAAGCCACUCCUCCUGCUGUCCACAGCACUGCUGCCCAAGGUGGCUGGGGAAGCUGCUUCUGCCACAGGGCUGUGCUCCUCUUCUGUGUGUUUCUGCCAUUGUUCAUUCAUCUAGCAAGUGUUCCUUGAGCUCCUGUGUGACACCUCAGCCAGGGAGCUGUUGGAGGUGUAGCAGCUGGGACUGUGGGAGGUGAGACCCCCUCAUCCUUCUUCAUGCAGCUCUCCUUUUGCUUUCUGAGCACCUCAGCAGCUCCUAGUAUCUUCUUCUUUUAUGCUUUUGGUUUUGUUUUUCUUGUUCCUGGUCUGUGGCCAAGCUCUGGUUUCCAUUGUUCGGCCCACCCCCAAAUCCCUGAGCUCUUCCCCAGUGUCACAGGGCCUCAUCUUCCAGAGUGUAUGAAGUUUGGGUCGAUAUUACAUCACUGCUGACUGCAUGCUAGUUAUGUUGUUUUUGUAACUUUAACGUAAAGAAGGUAAUCCUUUAAUGGCAGGGAUAUUAAAAGUUGCUUGGUGACUUGCAAAAUAUUGCUUUUUUUAAUUAAAAAUUUUUUUUCCUGAAAAACUGGUUCUUGUGCAGAAAAGGGAGCAUAAUUUCAGAAUACUUAUGUUCCUGGUUCUUCCCACUUUCGUUAUCCCUCCUCUUUCUCUUUUUGUCACUCAUUUUGUUCUUUAUGCCUUUCCUGCUAAUUCUUGUUUGGGUAUUAGAGGUGUCAGCUGAGAAGGAUUCUAGAUAAGGUUAAGCCCUCUCUUUUCUUGGGAUUUGCAUUGUAACUGAGGGCCCUGGAAGAUCUUCCAGACUCAAAAUCAAGUGAAGCUAGGAAGACGGAGCUCGAGGGAGUAGGACCUUAAUUAGUCUCCAUAUAUGGUAUGUGGUCCCUGUCUGCUGUUUACUCUGCACUCAGUAUUGGCUGAGCCUAGGAGGCCUCAGGUGCCUAGGCUUCUGCCCUGCCUCCUGGGUAUCCAGCCUGGUGCUAACUAAAUGCUAAGCAGUGAUAAUUCAAGAAGAGAGGGUCUCUUGCUCCGGGAGUCCCAAUCAAAUUGAUGAUAGACUGACCCAAAUAGAAAAAGCAGAGAACUACUUUGGAAAAAAGUUUGAUUAUCUCCUAUAAUUGAAUAUUUACUUGCCCUCCAGCCCAGUUAUCUCAAUACUAGGGAUAAAUCAAGAGAAACUCAUACAUGUAUAAUAGCAGACUUGUAUAAGAAUGUUUAUAGCAAUCCCAAAAGGAAACCCAAUGCCCAUGAGCAAUGGAAUGGAAAAAUAAAUUAGAAUAUUCACACAAUGGAAUAUUAUAUGGUUGUCAAAACAUGAACCACAGUGACACAUAACAAUAUGAACGAAUCUUUACAAUAAAAUAUUAAAUGAAAAAGUUUAGUCCCAAAAGAUUAAAUGUAGCAUCAUGCCCUUUUUAAAAAAAAGAAAACUGAGGGGCUUCAGUUUGAUUUAGUUGAUUUGGUCAGUUGAGCAUCUGACUUGAUUUUGGCUCAGGUCAUGAUCCCAGGGUUGUGGGAUCGAGCUCUGCAUCAGGCUCCAUGCUGAGGGUGGAGUCUGCUUGGGAUUCUCUCUCUCCCCCUCUGUCCCUCUCUCUGGCUCGUGUUCUCUCUCUUCCUCUCUC